UGAGUUCAACCAGUGCAUAGAGAUCAUAAAGGCUGCAUCACCAGAACUAGCAGAGUGGGUUAUGUCAAAGAACCCAGAGCUCUGGUCUGAUGCUUCCUUUAAAGGUAUGAGAUACGGCCACUACUCAUCAUCUGCUGCACAAAUAUUCAAUGAGUGGAUAUCUUCAAGACAAGAGUCUUCAGUGCUGCAGAUGAUUGACAUGAUCCGCUGCAAAAUAAUGGAACUUAUAUAUAAACGGCAUGAAACCUCAAACACCUGGACUGAGAUGGUUCUAACACCAUCCAGGAGUCGAAAGGUUGAAGAAGAGCUGUCCAAAACACAAAAUUUCAAUGUCAUAUGCCCAACAGGCAGCAUCUUCGAGGUGAAAGAUGAGACGACAAAUAUUGUUAAUAUGGAAAUUUGGGAAUGUACAUGCCGGAGGUGGCAGGUCAACGGUUUGCCAUGCCCUCAUGCCCUGGCAGUCAUCGAGCGAUCCGGUUGGUGUAUAUAUGAUUUCUGCUCCAAAUACUUCACUGUAGACUGCUACCGUCAGGCUUACAUGCUUUCCAUUAAUCCAAUAGCUGACCCACUUCAUUCUGUAUGUGCGGUUCCUUUCCGAGCGAAGCGGUUGCCGGGCAGGCCAAAAAGGAAGCCAUUGGAGCCUCGCAUUACCAGUAAGAGAGCAGUUCGAUGUAGCAAGUGCAGAGCAUACGGGCACUACAAACAAACUUGCACAACUGCUAUGUAGAGCUAUCCAUGUCUAGCACUCAGGUGAAAUAAUUGACCCCCACUUGUAGACUGCUUCUCCUUGUUUGUUGUGCCUUUUUACGGUUUGCAA